UUGGCUAGGCUCGAUCUGGAAUCAAAGGUAAAGACGUUGCUGACAAUUUAUCCUGAUUUACCCGCUUUGUCACUAAAGGUACAGACAAACAACGGACUCUAUAAAAGCUAUGGAUGCGCUCUAGCAGUGGAUGUAAAAUUAGCUGCGGUAGAUAUCGUUGGAGACAGAGAGCUGGACAAAGUGCUCAAAGAAGUGGAAGAAGCGGUUGAUGGUGUGAUAGCUGUGGUACUGAUUGAAGAGGCUGUAGAUGGUGAAGUAACCGUAGUGCUAGCUGAAGUAACUGUAGAGGGUGUAGUAACCGUGCUACUAGUUGAAGAAAUUGUACUAGGUGUGGUAACCGUAGUACUGGUGGAAGUUACAGUAGAGGGUGAGGUAACAGUAGCACUAGUUGAAGUAACUGUACUCGUUGAUGUGCUGGAACUCGAUGAUUCCGUCUGUGCACGAGCAUUCUCGAUAAGGAUGAUCAGUACCUUGAUUUGA